AUGGAGACGAUUCAAAGGCCAAAACCUGGUGAAAGCGAUGAGGAUAUUUUACGAAUGCAGGAGGAAUUCCAAAAGACACAUCUACAGGGAAAGUCGUGUGCUCCCAUCAGCGUUAACCUCAAGAGGAUGUCUAAUAGAACGAAUCCGUUGAAAUCGAACGAGGAAGAUCUUAAAAUCAACAAAUCACAUGUGAUCGAUAAGAAUCAGUUGAGCAAGGGUGAACGCAAGAAAAUUUCUGCAUCUAAAAGGAAUCGAGGACGCUUCACGAUUGAUUUAGAAACUCUGCAAGAAGAAUCGAGUUUAGAUAUAGUCACAGCCGUACAGGAGAAGAAUCUCGAUUAUUUGGAAAAUACAGAUCAGACAUCAUUCAUGUUCAGUGGACUCAGUAAUGAAUAUUCAAAAGACGAUGGUUUCCCAGAUGUGAUUGAUUUAUCACGAUACUUCAAACCGGAUGAAUCUGGUAAAAUUCUCGAGAAUCCGAACGACGGUCGCAGUUUGUUUGCCAUCGAAUUUGAUAGACUAAAUGGCAAAAUUUACGGUAUCUUAUGA